AUGGCCGGAGACACCACCGCCUACGGGGCACUCAUCGAGCACCUGGCCAAAGUGAAGUAUGCAUUUGUGUGCCCUUCGCCGGAGACUCAAGGCAGAGUGGUCCGAAAGAGGACUUUAGAAACAUCCACUGCAGAAGCGAAGACUGCGCAAGACUUUUUCGGUUGGAACCUACCAUGUACAAGAGAGGCAUUGAAGAGCUUCGUCCCCGACACCAUCCUCGAUGUCUUGCACCACACCGGUAUCAUCACAUUGAGCGAUGACAAGUAUCGCUCAACAGUACGCGUGUCCAACUUUUACCUCCCCCACAUACCGUGCCGUCAUCCCGAGUCUUCGUCGCUCUACUAUGUCCACUCGUCCUUCCCGGCCGCAUCAGAUGCCGUUUUCUUCGGGCCAGAUACGUAUCUAUUUGUAUCAUGGCUACAUAAGGCAGUGCGCCAUCUCCCGGACGCACCGAGCUCCAUCAUAGAUGUAUGCUGCGGCUCAGGUGCGGGUGCGAUACAUAUGGCAAGGACGUACAGGGAAGCAAAAGUGCUCGGAUUGGACCUGAACCCGCGUGCGCUAUCACUGGGUGACAUAAAUGCCCAAUUAGCAGGAGUCAAUGUUGACUUCCACGAAUCGAAUCUCUAUGCUGCAGUACCUCAAAAUCUAGAAUCUUCUGGUGUAGACGUCAUCGUCAGCAAUCCCCCCUACAUUGCGUCAACUACUGAAGGUGAAGAUCUACCAAUAUAUGCGGAUGGGGGCGCUGAGUUCGGACUCGGAAUUUCUCUUAGAAUCGUGGAGGAGGCUCUCAAGAUACUCUCUACAAACGGGAUCAUUAUGCUGUACACAGGAGUCGCAAUACCUACUGUUGAUCCCACGCACGACGCGCUACUGGAAAAGCUACACAACAUCGAGGAUACCGAUUUGUUUGAGUAUACGAUACUACAUCCCGAUAUGUGGUCAGAAGAGAUUGGUCAGGGCGCAUACGCAGAUGUCUGCAGGAUCCAAGUCGUUGGAGCCGUAUUGAAAAGACGGAAUUGA